CCAACGUUUCCAUGACAACGUUCAGAGUUGGUAACGCCCAGUUAUUUGAUUGGGACCAACCCUAAGCUUCUAUGAGCGUCGCGACGCCAACCAAUACGAUUUAGCGUCGGUACGGCGAGAGGCUGAGUUUCCUACCAUGCGACGAGGGUGCCCGCGCGUCACCAAAACCUGUGAUUUUCCUUCCUUCCUUCCUUCCUUCGUUCCUACGUUCGUACGUUCGUUCGUUCCUACGGGGGCUCGUCACCAACAGCGAGAUAUCGGACCUCGAAUCUCCUUGGAUAUCAUCACGCACCGAUACUCCCUAAACGACUACUAAAUCCUGUUCUAAUCUUUAUCUUCAACGCGGCAAAAUAAUAAUACACAUUUAUCAUUUUUUGUUGGUUUAUUAUUUGGGUUAUUGUAUUGUACGAAACUAAAUAGUGGGUUUGUUGUUGUCCUAUAACUGGGCUAAUAAUCAUCAUUGUGUGUUUUGUUUUAAUUAAUCGAUUAUUAUUAAAUUGUUGUUACGUGGGGAUAAUACCGCAAAAACAGUUAUCAUCUUAUCCGAAAUUAUCUGAUACCUAUUCUUUUAAUUUGGAAUUCUAGUUGAUUCUUGUUUUAUUGUGUCAUAGUUUUUAUUCUUUGUUAUUUUUAUUUAUUUAUUUUUUUCUCUCUCUUUGUUGUGCAACAAUAAAAAGAUUAUCAAUCUUUGAGAGACAUUUCUUUUUUGGUACGUGAACUAUUACAGUAGUUUGUUUACGAAAAGUGUUGGUAUUUGAGAUCGAAGAUUAACAGUGUUCCUAGUGGUGUUUUCAAAGUGUUCAAAAAGUAUCAAAAAAACAUGGCAUCAGUGUAUACCAUCCGAUUAUUAUCAACGAAGAGGGUGUAAUCUGUACACGUUUUGCAAGAACUUAUUGAGGAUUCUUACGCAUCGUUGAAAUAAUAAACUUGGAAAAAAUGCAAUCGACCUGUCAACAACAAGCCCAAGCUCAUCCUGGCCAAAACGGUACCUCCGCAAGUCGAACAUCAUUUCUAAUCGAAGAUAUUCUCAGUCGUGGUAGCGUACCACCCCAUACACAUCAUCAACUUCAUCAUCAACAUCUUAGUUCAGCUCACGGACAACAACAUCAACAGUAUCAACAAUUUGCCAGUUUGUUACCCGGUUAUCCGUCGGCGCCACCCACUGCUGCAUUUUUUCUGGGACCACUUUUUGGUAGCGCUGGUAUGGGGGUUGGUGUUGUACCAGGUGUCGGUGAACUUGCUGCUUUAAAACAUUGUCGACGACGAAAAGCACGAACGGUGUUUAGCGAUCAACAAUUAGCUGGUUUGGAAGCCAGGUUCGAAGUUCAAAGGUAUUUAAGUACCCCAGAAAGAGUUGAAUUAGCAGCAGCCUUGCAUUUAUCAGAGACUCAAGUUAAGACAUGGUUUCAAAACCGAAGAAUGAAACAUAAGAAACAAUUACGAAAAUUGAACACCAAUUCCAAUAGUAAUGGGAUACAAUCGUCGGGACAACAGUGCGGUACGCAAUCCGGUUCGGUGACAUCACCAGCUGAAAGACCGGUGGACUUCUCAUUGAGCAGCGGUGGUGGUGGUGGUGGUGCAGGUGGUGGUAGAGAAUCGCGAGGAAGCAGCGACGCAGCAAUGGAUUCUGAUGAAGAUGAAAUUGAUAUUCUUGGUGAAGAUGAAGAACCAUCACCUUCAAGGAGCUUAGCAAGUUUACACCUGCCAAAACGUAGUUCAUCGACACCAUCAUUUCAUCAAACGACGACACAUCCACAUCAACAUCCUGUUGUUACCCUUUCGCAUCAUCAAUCAUCCCAUCAGCAACAACACCAACAUGGCGUUCAACAACGUCAACAGCAUCGCUGAGAAUUCCAACGUUGAUGAUGAAUUCAACUUGUGGAACAUUUAUUUUCAACCUGUCAUCACUACUUUUACUUCUAUUUCUACUUUUUUCGAACUAUCAGCUUCUUCUUCUUCGUCUUCGUCUUCGUUUUAACUCGAAGACGAUGUUAAACUCGGAUGGGACUUGGUAAAUUUCGAGACGGUGUUGUUUGUUGUUCGACAAAUGGGGGGGGGGUGGCGGCAAAAAAAAGAAAUUAAAUAAAAAGUGAAAUCGUGUGCGAUUAAACGUGUGUUAAUCUCCGGAAUUUUUUUCGUACGAUUAUUAUAAUCAUCAUCAUCAUCAUCAUCAUCAUUGUGGUUCACCAAAAUGCAGGUUCAAUUCUGUGCGGGAAUAUAAUUACACACAUUAACAUAUUCGUAGAUCGAAGGAUAAACCUGACAUCAAAAUCAUCCUUGAAAAUCAUUUAGGGAUUAAACGGGAUAUUAGAAUUAAUUAAACAAUAAUUUAUUAAUAACGAAAAAAUUAUUAACAACAAAUAUAAACGAUCGCGCGCAUUAGUGAAUAUGAGGAUAAAUCAAAUGAAUAUAAAUCAUCAAUUUGUGCCAUACGGAAAAAGAAAUUCUUCUAAACAAAAAAAAAA